AUGAAAGUACCCGAUGGUUACUCGUCUAACAUCAAAAACUUGGUAAAUGAGACUGAAUUGAAACUAAUGGGUCUGAAAUCACAUGAUUGCCAUGCGUUAAUGCAACAUUUGCUUCCAAUUGCCAUUAGAUCAGUCUUGCCAAAAAAUGUUCAAGAGUGUUUGACACAUGUUUGCAUUUUCUUUAAUAAGUUGUGCGGGAAGGAAUUAGAAUUGGAUAAGUUAGAUGCAUUACAUGAACAUGUAGUCAAAACAUUAUGCAACCUGAAAAAGUUUUUUCUGCCAUCUUUUUUCGACAUCAUGAUAUAUUUAAUGGUUCAUCUAGUGAGAGAAGCAAUGUUGUGUGGGCCGGUAUGGGCGAGAUGGAUGUAUCCAUUUGAAAGAAAUAUGAAGGUACUUAAAAGUUAUGUGCGUAACCACUAUCGGCUAGAAGCAUGUAUGGUUGAGUGCUACAUAUCUGAAGAGGCUGUGGAAUUUUGUUUAGAGUACAUAGCUGGAGUUGAGGCAAUAGGAAUUAGCAAACCAAGAACUGACCCAGAUGAGGUUGAUAGAGGAUUAAGGGGGAAAGGGAAAAUGGUGACAGUGUCCAAGCUUGAACUAGAUCAAGCUCAAUUAGUCGUGAUGAACAAUAAUGCAGAGGUUCAACCAUAUAUAAUUGACAAUAUGGAGCUGUUAAAAUCAAUGGUUCCAAGAAAUCAUAAAAAUAAACAAAAAUGGGUUGUAGACCAACAUCGUCAAACUUUCAUUGGGUGGUUAAGGAAUACCAUUAUAGCAAAGUUGAACGAACCAAAUCAUGGAGUAUCUGGUGUGUUGAGUCGUAUUGCCACUGGACCAACUUUUGCGGUAGCAAAGCAUGAAGUGUACAUUGUAAGGGGUAAACGUUUCCAUACAAAGUCAAGAGAUGAUGCUCGAGAGGUUCAAAAUAGUGGCAUACGUAUCGUCUCAGAAACUAUGCACUUUGCAAGUGCAAAAGAUAGAAACCCUAUUUUAGGUACUAUGACGUAUUAUGGGGUCAUUGAAGAAAUAUGGGAGCUCAAUUAUUUUGUGUUCCGAAUUCCACUUUUUAAAUGUUCUUGGGUUGACAACAAUGUUAGAGUAAAAAAUGACGAGCUUGGUUUUACUUUGGUUGAUUUAAGUAAGAGAGGAAGCAAGAAUGAUCCAUUCAUCAUGGCUAGCCAAGCAGUUCAAAUUUUUUACAUUUCUGAUCCAGCUAAUGAUAAAUUGUCUAUUGUUUUAUCGACACUAGAGAGGAGGUUCUUAGAGAAUGAAGAGGAUGAAGAGAAUGCUGACUUAUGUUAUGAUGACUUCAUUGUUGGACAACCAAUUCAUGAGCAAGUUAUGGGAAUUGAUCGUAACCUUGAGGAAGACGACACUGAAUACAUUAGAAACGAUAUCAAUUAG